AUGACGGAAGUGCUAAAUAUUUUGCAUAAUCAACCUCAAAAUAAAAUCACAUUCACGUUUCUGAAAAAAUUGGUUACGUCCACCAAUUUACUUCAAGAGAAUAAGCUGCAGGAUAUGAUAAAAGGUGCUGUAACACGGGCUUUAAAUAAAAUGGAAAACAAAAUUGAGGUCGAUGGUAAAACUGCCCAACUGAUGUAUAAAAGUUGUGGACCGGCACAUACAAUAGAUGUUAACGAAGCGGAUAUGAAGUACUCUGUGGAUUUUGUGCCUGCCAUUAAGCUGAAUGUAAAGCAAAUUGUGUUGAGUCAAGAAAAACUCAAGUACUUCAAGAACAUUCCGUAUUGGAGUGCGAUUCCAAAACCCUUGAAGCCAUUCGAGCCAAACAAUGUGUCAUUUAGGGCAUCGUACUAUGAAGCCGAAUAUGCCAUGAUAAAAGAUAAAUAUAAGCUAAAGCAUGUUAUUAAAUUUAUCAAGAAGUUCCGCGACUCAAAACAAAAUAUCAGCACCUUAAAGAGCUAUUAUAUCAAGACCCUAUUGCUAUGGCAAAUAGAUGCCAGGCCAACGACCUAUUGGAAAACCCAACAGCUAAAUAAGAUACUGAUCGAUAUGUUCAGAGAGCUGGCGAAUUGUUUGGUGACGUCUGGAAAAUAUGGUAAGCUUCCACUAUUCUGGGAUCCCGAUCUGGAUUUAUUUGCUGCUUUAACAUAA